AUGCAGGGCGGGACAGGGCACAGGUUGCACCCAGCCUCUGUGUACCCAGCGGGGCGGGGCCUCGUCGGGCUGGCGGAGGCCCUGCCUGGUGUCUUGGAGGAGCUCCGGGACCCUAGGUCCAAGCGCUGGCCAUUGGUAAUGGCGAUUGUGGCCGGGGGGUCGUGGCUGUGGCCCCCGCCCCGGCUCGGGCUCCUGCUCCAGUUGUGGAUGUUGCUCGGGAUGCUCAGGUUCCAGGUCCAGUCCAUGGAGCCUGAGAACCUGUUGAUCGUGUCCACCCUUGAUGGACAUCUCCAUGCACUGAACAAGCUGACUGGAGACUUGCAGUGGACAUUGAAGAAUGAUCCCAUCAUCCAAGGCCCCAUGUAUGUCACAGAAACAGCCUUUCUCUCGGACCCCACCGAUGGCAGCCUGUAUAUCCUGGGGACGCAGAAGCCACAGGGGUUAAUGAAGCUGCCGUUCACCAUCCCCGAGCUGGUCCACGCCUCCCCCUGCCGCAGCUCUGAUGGCAUCUUCUACACAGGCCGCAAGCAAGAUGGCUGGUUUGUGGUGGACCCCGAGUCUGGGGACAUGCAGAUGACCCUGACUACAGAGGGCCCCGCUAUCCCCCGCCUGUACAUUGGCCGCACACAGUACACAGUCACCAUGCAUGACCGCCGGGCACCAGGCCUUCGCUGGACCAUUACCUUCCGACGCUACUCAGCAGCCCCCAUGGAGUCCUCAGCUGGAAAAUACAUAAGCUACCUGGCCUCGUGUGGCACUGGCCUGCUGCUGGCUGUGAACCCCAGCAGUGGGGUUGUGAGGUGGACCCAGGACCUGGGUGUGCCCGUGAUGGGCAUUUAUACAUGGCAUCAGGACAGCUUGCACCAACUGCCUCAUCUGACCCUGGCACGAGAUACCCUGCAUUUUCUCGCACUCCGCUGGGGCCACAUCCGCCUGCCUGCCUCAGGGCCCCAGAACCCAGACACACCACUGAGGGUGACAUUGUACAUAGGGAAGCAUGAAUCUGGCUUCUAUGUUUCUGAAGUGCUGGUCCAUUCUGGAGUGGCCCUCGUGCCUCGUGGACUGACCCUGCCCCCCACAGAUGGCCCCACCACCCAGGAGGUGACUCUGCAGGUUUCAGGAGAGCGUGAAGGCUCUCCAAGCACAGCUGUCAGAUACCCCUCGGGCAGUGUGGCCCUCCCGAGCCAGUGGCUACUCAUUGGACACCAUGAGCUGCCCCCAGUCCUGCACACAACAGUGCUGCGAGUUCACCCCACCUUGGGCAGUGGGGUGUCUGAAAACAAACCUUUAGAGAGCACUUGGGUCCCAGGCCCCUUCUUGGAGCUCUGGAACCAGAAACAAGAGGAACCUCAGGAUCUGGAUCUGUACUCUAAAAAGAAAACUCCAGGCUUGUCUUCGGGAUUGGGGCCCCAAGACGUGCUCGUGGCCAGUCUCACUGCUGUUCUCGUGGGCGGCUGCAUCCUGCUCCUGGUGAGGCAGGUGAGCCCACACCAACUUCUGAAGCCGCAACAGAAAGCCCUGGCUCCUGCUGACUCCUCCCACAUCUCCCAGAACGCUCAUUCCCAGACCUCGGGGACCACCACUCAGGCCCACAAGAGGCCUCAGUGUUCCAUAGAACAAACUCAGACACCAGUAGACCCUGAUGUGGAGCCCCUAAUGGAACCAAUUACCGUGGUGGGGAAGAUCUCCUUCAAUCCCAAGGACGUGCUGGGCCGCGGAGCAGGCGGAACCUUCGUUUUCAGGGGACAGUUCGAGGGCAGGGCAGUGGCUGUCAAGCGGCUCCUUCGGGAAUGCUUCGGCCUGGUUCGGCGGGAGGUUCAGCUGCUGCAGGAGUCGGACAGGCACCCCAACGUGCUUCGCUACUUCUGCACCGAGCGGGGACCUCAGUUCCACUAUAUUGCCCUGGAGCUCUGCCGCGCCUCCUUGCGGGAGUUCGUGGCAAACCCCGAGAGAAACCGCUGGGGCUUGGAGCCGGAGGCGGCGCUGCAGCAGCUGAUGUCCGGCCUGGAGCAUCUGCACUCGCUGCACAUAGUGCAUCGGGACCUGAAACCUGGCAACGUGCUCAUUGCGGAGCCCGAUAGUCAUGGCCGGGGCCGGGUGGUCCUCUCCGACUUUGGCCUCUGCAAGAAGCUGCCUGCCGGCCGCUAUAGUUUCAGCCUCCGCUCGGGCAUCCCGGGCACGGAAGGCUGGAUGGCCCCCGAGCUCCUCCAGCUCCUGGCCCCUGAUAGUCCGACCAGUGCUGUGGACAUCUUCUCAGCGGGCUGCCUCUUCUACUACGUGCUUUCUGGGGGCAGCCAUCCCUUCGGAGAAAGUCUUUAUCGCCAGGCCAACAUCCUGUCAGGAACCCCCUGCCUGGCACACCUGGAGGAAGAGACCCAUGACAAGGUCCUGGCUAAGAGCUUGGUGGAGGCCAUGCUGAAUGCGAUGCCUCAGGCACGGCCUUCUGCUCGCAAGGUGCUAGCACACCCCUUCUUCUGGAGCAGAACCAAGCAGCUCCAAUUCUUCCAGGAUGUCAGUGACUGGCUGGAGAAGGAGUCUGAGCAGGGGCCGCUGGUGACAGCGCUGGAGGCAGGAGGAGCCACCGUGGUCCGAGGCAAUUGGCACACACACAUUUCAGUGCCACUGCAGACAGAUCUUAGACGGUUCCGGUCCUACAAGGGGACGUCAGUGCGGGACCUGCUCCGCGCCAUGAGGAAUAAGAAACACCACUACCGGGAGCUUCCAACUGAGGCCCGACUGGCACUGGGCCAUAUCCCUGACAGCUUUGUCCAGUACUUCACGACCCGCUUCCCUAGGCUGCUGCUCCACACGCACAAUGCCAUGAGGAGCUGCGCCUCUGAGAGUCUCUUCCUGCCCUAUUAUGCAAGUGCUUCAGGAGUUCGGGAGCCAUGCCUGGGGGCCGCAGGCAGCUGA